GGCAGUACACGGAAGACAUACAAGAUACUGAGUAGAGUAACAAGCUAGCAGUCAUGAACAUCGAAUCUGUUGUCAUCGUUUCUGCUGCAAGGACCCCCAUUGGGUCUUUCAACGGUGCCCUGUCCACGGUGCCCCUUCAAGAUUUGUGCUCUGUGGUGAUAAAGGAUGUUCUAAAGAGAGCCAACCUGAAGCCGGAGGAGGUGUCUGAGGUUAUCAUGGGGCAUGUGCUUACUGCAGGUCAAGGGCAGAACCCAGCACGACAGGCCAGCGUUGCUUCAGGCAUCCCCUACCAGGUGCCUGCCUGGAGCUGUCAGAUGGUGUGUGGAUCUGGGCUUAAAGCUGUGUGCCUAGGGGUUCAGUCCAUUCAAACUGGAGACUCAACCGUGGUUGUGGCAGGAGGAAUGGAGAGCAUGAGUCGGGCUCCCCACACAGUGCAUUUGCGGGCUGGUGUAAAGAUGGGGGAUGCUACCAUGCAGGACUCUAUCAUCACUGAUGGACUGACCGAUGCGUUCCACUGCUAUCACAUGGGCAUCACAGCGGAGAACGUGGCUAAGCAGUGGGGUGUAAGUCGCGAGGCACAGGACCAGUUUGCCACCCAAUCACAGAAUAGGACCGAGGCUGCCCAGAAAGCAGGACAUUUUGAUCAGGAGAUCGUUCCAGUCAUUGUGCCAUCCAGAAAAGGCCCAGUGGAAGUGAGAGCAGAUGAGUUUCCACGCCAUGGCAGCAAUUUAGAUGCCAUCUCCAAACUGCGGCCCUGCUUCCUGAAGGAUGGUAGUGGCACCGUCACCCCAGGCAACGCCUCAGGUAUAAAUGAUGGAGCUGCAGCAACCGUUCUCAUGAGCCAAUCAGAAGCUCAGAAGAGAGGUCUCAAGCCAAUGGCAAGAAUCAUCUCAUGGGCUCAAGCCGGGAUUGACCCAGCGAUCAUGGGAACUGGGCCUAUCAAAGCCAUCAGGAAAGCGCUUGAGAAAGCUGGUUGGCAGCUAGAUCAGGUGGACCUGUUUGAGAUAAAUGAAGCGUUCGCUGCCCAGUCCAUCGCUGUGUUGAAAGAGCUUGGACUCAACCCAGAUAAGGUGAACGUAAGUGGCGGAGCCAUCUCCCUCGGACAUCCGAUCGGCAUGUCUGGGUGUCGGGUUCUUGUGACCCUACUGCAUGCACUACAGAGGACCGGGGGUCGUAGGGGUGUGGCUUCUCUCUGCAUCGGGGGAGGCAUGGGCAUUGCUAUGUGUGUUGAGAGAGUAUGAACCCAAAAACAUUGAUGCUGCAGUCAAUAUUCUAUAUGUUGUUAAUGACACUGAAAGAAGUUUGAAAUGCUGCAUUAGUUAAGACUUCCUUACCUGUUAUAGCACAAACAUGUUGUACUAUGGUCAGAUUUCUGAAUGCCAGUUGGGCAAUGAAGGUUGCAAACAUCUCUGCUGAAUUCAGCUUAAGACAAAUGUACAUUUUACACCACUGAAUACUAUUUCCAUAGUGUAGUGACUUAGAUUGUAUAUAGUUAAUGCUGAACAUUUGCAGUCAUAAUGGGCAACCUGGUCUCAGGGGAAUACAUAAUAUAGUAUAAGUAAAAUGUGACAGCCUACCUUGCGUAUUCCAGAGAGAAGCCUUUAAUGGGUAGCACUAUUCAUUUUCACUCAACUGAAGGUUUACAUUGAGUGCUGAAGGUACAAGAGACAUUGAAACCUAGAAAGACUAAACUUGGUCACACACACACACAACUUAACUCACAUUAAGAAUAAAGAUUUCUGCCUUUUAACAUU